GUUGCAGAAUUAGCUGCACAGCACGUCCGGCUUGUCCAUCCCUCAACCUUUAUCUCUCUCUACAUUCUCCAGACGAAAUGGAAAAUGGUGAAUUCAACCGUACAAAAUGGAUGAGGAGAAAUUGAAGCAAAGAAUCCGAUGAAGUUCAAGUCCAAAAUGCACAGCCUUCGUUUCCUCUCCAUUUUCCUCGCUCUCUGUUUCGCCUUCAAGCUCACCUUCUCUAGCCCUGGGCCGUAUGUUAUGCGGAUUAGUUGUGGAGCUAGGGAGAAUGUUCAUACCAAACCUACAGAUACUCUUUGGUACAAAGAUUUUGCAUAUACUGGAGGGAUACCAACUAAUGGAAGCCGUCCGACUUUUAUCAGUCCUCCACUUACUACACUUCGGAACUUCCCUUCAUCGGAAGGUCCAGAAAAUUGCUACAAUAUCAAGAGAGUGCCACAUGGCCACUAUUCAGUAAGGAUUUAUUUUGGGUUGUUGGAAGAUCCUAGUUUUGAUAGUGAACCACUUUUUGAUGUAUCUGUUGAAGGAACCUUAAUUUAUACUCUGCCAUCUGGUUGGAGCAUUCAUGAUGAUGAGGGAGCGUUUGUUGAAGCCCUUGUAUUUCUUGAAGAUGGCACUGCAUCGCUAUGCUUUCACAGCACUGGUCAUGGAGAUCCUGCAAUACUGGCUAUUGAAAUUCUCCAAGUAGAUAAUAGAGCAUACUACUUUGGCACUGGAUAUGGUCAAGGAACAAUCCUUAGAACUCAUAAAAGACUGAGCUGUGGUACUAAGGAUUCAAAAUUUGAUGUUGACUACAAUGGAGAUCGUUGGGGUGGGGAUCGAUUCUGGACUUCCAUCCAUACUUUUGGUCAAGGUUCUGAUAACUCUAUAUCUACGCAAAAAAGUAUCAAACAGGCCUCUAUUCGGCCUAAUGUUUAUCCAGAAGCUCUCUACAAAUCAGCUAUUGUUAGUACUGAUGAACAGCCAGAUUUAACAUACUCAGUGGAUGUGGAACCCAAUCAAAAUUACUCCAUUUGGUUGCACUUUGCAGAAAUUGACUCAUCGAUUACAGGAGAAGGGCAAAGAGUGCUUGAUAUCCUGAUAAAUGGGGAUGUUGUAUUUCCAGGGGUUGACAUUGUGAAGAUGGCUGGGGGUAUUAACAGCGCUCUUGUCCUGAACAAGACAGUUGCUGUCAAUGGCAGGACUUUAACUAUAACGCUGCACCCUACCAAAGGAACUAGUGCCAUAAUCAAUGCCAUUGAGAUUUUCGAGGUUCUAGUAGCUGAAUCCAAAACUGUACCAGAAGAAGUCAUGGCCUUGCAGACACUUAAGGGUGCACUUGGACUUCCACUUCGUAUUGGAUGGAAUGGUGAUCCGUGUGUUCCACAGCAACAUCCAUGGAGUGGAACAGACUGCCUAUAUGACAAAACUUCUAAUAAAUGGGUUAUUGAUGGCCUUGGCCUGGACAACCAAGGUUUGCGGGGGUUUUUGCCAAAUGAGAUUUCCCACUUGCGUCAUCUGCAAAGCAUAAAUCUGAGUGGAAACAGCAUCAAAGGACCUAUUCCCUCAGCACUUGGACUGGUGACUACCCUAGAAAAGCUGGAUCUUUCGUACAAUUUUUUCAAUGGAUCUAUUCCUGAAAGCCUCGGACAAUUGACCUCAUUACGAAUAUUAAAUCUCAAUGGCAACUCCCUCUCUGGAAGAGUUCCCGUUGCGUUGGGCGGAAGACUCUUGCAUAGAGCUAGUUUCAACUUUACUGAUAAUGCAGGCCUCUGCGGAAUUCCUGGAUUGAGAACAUGUGGGCCUCACCUUUCUGUUGGUGCCAAAGUCGGGAUUGGAUUUGGAGUUCUCGUGGCACUUUUGCUUGUCGCAACAUGCUUGACAUGUUGGUGGAAAAGAAGGCAAAACAUUCUUCGGGCUCAAAGAAUUGCAGCACGAGAUGCUCCUUACGCAAAGGCAAGAACCCAUUUUUCUCGCGAUGUGCAAAUGGCAAGACAUCAUGGUCACGAAAACAGUCAAAACACUCGAACAGCUGCAGAAAAUGGACCUCCCCUGCUAACCUGAUCAAAUUAGCUCUGAAAUCCCAGAUGCAGUUCACAGAAAGUGCCCAUUUUUGUCGAUGGACGAUUUGUAUAUUCGGAAAAUAUGCAAUUAAAUUCAGUGAUAUCAAGAACACUGCACACUUCCACAGGUUAAAAUUUUUAAUACGAUGCGACCUCCUGCCUCGUUGCAUUUGACACUGCAAGAAAUGUUGUAUAUUGCCACUUUUGCAUUGGAAGAAUGUAACCAACCAAAGCUUUAUUUUAUUUAUGAUAGAAAAUUAACAUUAUUUAACCUA